AUGAGGCCAUCUACCGCUGCUCACAUUCUCACGGCCGCCGUCCUCUUGCUCGGCGGCGUGGGCGCGACAACGGAGACGACGUGCAGGGCGGCCGCGGGCGCCGACAGGCGCGUGGACUACCACUUCUGCGUGUCCAGGCUGAGCCAGCACCACGACAGCCCCGACGCGGACACGUGGGGCCUGGCCAAGGUGGCCGCCGACGUAGGCGUCCUCCUCGCCGGCAACGGCGUCUACGACAUCAAGCACAUGCUCGCCAAGAAAGCGGCUGGGGGCAAGGUUCGUGCGCCGCUGGAGCGGUGCGAGGCGCUCUACGGCAGGAUGGGGUCCGCGUUCGCAGAGGCCUACGACGGGAUCGACAGGCGCGACUACGCGGCGGGGAAAGACAAGGCACGCGAGGCCGCGCCUCUCAUGCGCCGGUGCGGCGAGGCCUUUGCCCGGGCCGGCGUCGUCCCGUCGCCGCUGGCGAGGCAGAGCGCGGACGCGGUGCAGAUGGCCAUCCUCUGCACAGCCAUCACCGGCCUCAUCAAGUGA